UGGUUGCAGUGGAGGAGAGUUUGAAGGGAGCAGGGGCAGCUGGUGGAGAAGUGGAGGUAGGUAAUGUGGAGAAAGCUGAAAGGGAGAGGAAAUUGAUCGGAGGACUUUUGGAGGAAGUUUUCGGGCGAGGGAUUAUGGAUGGUGGGAGAAAAGUAAAGAAGGUGGCUGAUGGUGGUAUAGCUGCAAGUUCUUUGAGAACAGUGGAGAAGUCUUGUGUACAGACUCGAGUUGUGGAAAAAGCUUCGGGUGUAAGUGGAGAAGGUUUGAGUCCCAGACCCUUGAAUGGACAAAGGCAAGGGUCUGCUGGUGGUGGUGCUGUUUUAGGCAUGGAAAAAAGAGAUACUGUGACUUCUGAAGUUGGGGGAGUAGAAAUUGAGAAGAUUCAUGAAAGUCAAUCAGUAGAAUUACGGCAGGUUAAGAUUGAGUCACGGGGUGGAAACAUCCAUACUCACAACAAUAUACAUGCACAUACAGUUUCCUCAUUGCUGCCAGAUGGAGAGGAUCUCUUAAAUACUGAAAGAGAUCAGUUGAAACCAGAAGAGAGUGUAGAGAACAUUUUUCAUGAUAUUGCUCAGGUUGGGUCAAGUACUUCAUCUCUGCCAGUUAACCUACUUCCUGGGCGUGUAGAUCAAGAGGGUUUUUCGAAUUUUAGAAGUCAUCAGCACUUGACAGUCAAACAUUUCGUAAACAGGAGCAGGGUCCAUGAUAUGGCCCAGCUUGAAUCAAAUGGAGGGCAAGAUUUGGAGGACAACCAAGUUAAUGAUACUGAUCAGGGUGAGAAAAAUGGUCAGAACUCAACAAUUGAGAAGGCAUGCAUGAACUCCAAUGGGAAGGAUCAGGAUUUGAAGUUUGAAAAGAAUUUAAAUAGUACCAUGACCGCUGAUGUUACUCAGUCCAAGGCCAAUGUUGCACAUGAGGUUGAGGUAACUGAAGCUGAUAUGGAUAGUUUAUAUGGAGAAAGGCAAGACAUGGAAGUGGAAAGAGAUUUUAUUCAAGAAGCUAUGCAGCCUGAAAGCUAUGAAUUAGUGCCUCAACUUAGAUAUGAGCUGCCACAAAAAAGUGAAGGUACAUUUUCUGUCUCAGAUUUAGUUUGGGGUAAAGUAAAGAGCCAUCCAUGGUGGCCUGGACAGAUAUUUGAUUUUAUGGCUGCAUCUGAGAAGGCAAUGAAACAUCAUAAGAAGGACUGUUUUCUGGUAGCAUAUUUUGGGGACCGAACAUUUGCUUGGAAUGAAGUAUCUAGUUUAAAGCCUUUUCAAUCAUAUUUCUCCGAGGCAGAGAAGCAGUGCACUUCAGAAUCAUUCCACAAAGCUGUCAAUUGUGUCCUGGAAGAAGUUACAAGGCGUGUAGAAUUGGGUCUAUCAUGCUCAUGCAUACCAAAAAAUGUUUAUGAAAAGAUUAGAUUCCAGAUUGUUGAAAAUGCUGGGAUAUGCCGUGAAUCGAGUAAAGUGGAAGGAGUGGAUGAAUCUGCCAGUGCAAGCUCAUUUGAAUCUGACAAGCUACUUAAAUAUGUAAAAGCUUUAGCACGGUUUCCAUCUGGUGGCAGCAACAAAUUAGAACUAGUCAUUGCCAAGGCUCAUUUGAUGUCAUUUUUUCGUUUAAAGGGUUAUUGUAGUUUGUCUGAGUUCCAAUUUUUUGGAGAACUGUUGGAGAGUAAAACAGAUAAUUCACACUCUGGGGACAAAUCUUGUCCUGGUGAAAUUACUGAGCAAGCGAUUUCUAUUGGGAAGGAUGAUAAGAAGACUGGCCCAGAGGUUGAGGAACUCAAGUCUAGCUCUUCUCAUAAACGUAAACAUAACUUAAGAGAAGGAGCCUAUGCUAAAAUGAAAGAAAGAAGCCUGUCAGAAUUAAUGGGUGGCGAAACAGGUUUGCUAGAAGAUAAUGAUUGGUUGGAUGUGAAGGCUUCACCAUCAUCUGGCAAGAGACGGAAUGGUGCUGAGUAUCAGGCUGCUGAGUUGGCCACACAAGAUGGGAGGAAAGCUGUUUUCCGUUCAGCAGUUUCGAACACAACACCUGUACCAAAACCAUCAUUCAAGAUUGGUGAAUGUAUCCAGAGAGCUGCAAGCCAACUGUCAGGGUCUACUAUAGUAAAGUCCAGCACUGACAGACCUCCUGUACAGGGAUCCGAUGUUCUGUCCCAGAGUUCCGAUGAUACUCUUAGAGGAGUGAAUAAUACAACAAAGUACUCAUCCCUAGAUGAAUUGCUGUCACAACUGCGGUUGGCAGCAGAAGAACCCUUGAAGGAAUACAACUCCUUGAGUACUAUAGUCAAUUUCUUCUCUGAUUUUAGGAAUUCUAUUGUUGUUGGCCAGAAAUCUGAAAUGGUGCUCUCAGUUGUAGACAAAGUCGGUGGUAAAAGGAGAAAGUCAAGUUCUGUGCCAGGGUUACCUCAGACUUUUGAAUUUGAUGAUAUGAAUGACACUUAUUGGACAGACAUGGUAGUCCAAAAUGGUGGAGAAGAGCAAGCACCACAGAAAAGAAGACCAAAGUAUCAACCUGUUGUCCUUGAGCAACCAGUAAAGCCCCCUCAAGUGGGUCGCAGGCCAUACACGAGGAAGAAGUUUUCUCAAGGGAGUCAAGAUUUGCCUCCAGAGAAACCUGUUGGCUAUGUGGAUGAGAAUGCCCCAGCAGAACUUGUAAUGAGCUUCUCUGAGGUGAGCUCUAUUCCUUCAGAAACAAACUUGAAUAAAAUGUUCAAGCGCUUUGGACCUCUGAAGGAAUAUGAAACAGAAGUUGAUAGGGAGAGCAGCCGUGCUAGAGUGGUUUUUAAGAGAUGUUCUGAUGCAGAAGUUGCUUGCAAUAGUGCUGGGAAAUUCAACAUCUUUGGGCAGAUUACUGUAAGUUACCAGCUCAACUAUACUCCCUCUCAGCUCAACUACACGCCGUCUAUCACAUUUGGUGCAUCUACUAGUGCUGCAGCCCCCGAUCAGGAGGUACAACUUGUUUUUCCCUCCCAUGAUCAUGAGAUGCAUCUUGAUCUCUCCACCCAUGACCAGAUGCAGCUAGACCUUUCCACCCAUGACCAGAUGCAGCUUGACCUGUCCGCCCAUGACCACAUGCAGCUUGAUCUUUCAACCCAUGAUGAGAUGCAAUUAGACCUCUCCACAUUCGAAGUUAAUCUGGUUUGAAGCUAGAAGGAGAGCGAAUGCUGAAGGAAAAGACAGAUACAGGACUGUUAAAGAGGCCGUGAGACACAUGCGACUGCCCAUAGGACAUCUGAUUGAUCUGAAGGAGGUACCAGACUGUUUAUGCAUCUGGUAUGGUAAGAUGUGAUCUUGUGCUGAAGGAGGUUCUGUUUUUCGCCAAGUUGCCUGCUUAUCACUUUGCUCUGUAAUUUUAUGCCCUUAGACCAAUGUAUAGUAGAGAUAGCUUUCCCACCCUUGAUGGCUUAACGAUUUGCCUCCGUGAUAAGCAGGCUGCCUAAGAGUCUCAAUUCGUCCUCCCCAGUAGUAGAUUUUAUGUUUCCGUAGGAUGCUGUUGAAAUGUCAUAAACUCGUAAUUUC